AUGGUGCCCCUGCUCAGCCUGGCCCUGCUGGCCCUGGUGGGCCUACCUCUGGCCCAGGCUCUGGACUGCCAUGUGUGUGCCUACAACGGUGAGAACUGUUUUAACCCCAUGCGAUGCCCAGCAAUGGUCUCCUACUGCAUGACCACACGGACCUACUACACCCCAUACAGGAUGAAGGUGAGCAAGUCUUGUGUGCCCAGCUGCUUCGAGACAGUCUAUGACGGCUACUCCAAACACGCCUCUACCACCGUCUGCUGUCAGUACGACCUCUGCAACCGCGCAGGCCUCACCGCCCCUGCCACCCUGGCCCUGGCCUCCGCACUCCUGGUCACCCUCUGGGAUCUGCUCUGA